AAUAGACCAGUAAUAUUUUUGAAGAAAGCCUAUAUAACAUGGAAUCUUGAAUGCAUGUCACGUUACUCUCUUCUCCUUCUCUAUAUAAGAAAGGCUCUUUCUUCUUCUCUCCCAAUAUAUAUAUAUAUAUACACACGCUCACUCAUACACAUAAACAAACCCAAACAAACACAUAAAAUAUAUACAUUGAUACCCAUUUGAUCAUUUAUUAAUACAUAGUUUUUUUUGGCGAAGAAAGGAAUGGGUGCAUUUGAUUAUAUCUCUAGCUUCUGUUCUUAUACAUACUCUAAUGCCAAAACCAAGCGUAAGCCAUUGCAGACGGUGGAUAUCAAGGUGAAAAUGGACUGUGAUGGUUGUGAAAGAAGAGUUAGAAACGUGGUUCGUCGCAUGAAAGGCGUGAAAUCGGUGGAGGUAAACCGGAAACAGAGCCGGAUAACGGUGAACGGUCACGUGGAUCCAAACAAGGUGUUGAAAAGAGUGAAGAGCACAGGGAAGAAGGCAGAGUUUUGGCCUUACAUACCUCAGCAUAUGGUCUACUACCCAUUUGACACUGGCAUGUACGACAAACGUGCCCCCGCAGGCCACAUCCGCAACCCCACACAAGCGUUUCCAGCUGCAAACACACCUGGUGAGAACUACGUUUCACUCUUCAGUGACGACAACGUCCAGGCCGCUUGUUCCAUCAUGUGAAAUGAAUUGUGCGAACAAAAUACAUAUAGUAUGUGUAUUUUUUUUUGUGUGAACGACACAUCUACUUUUGGUACUAUUCUCAUAAUAUAGUAAAAGGUAAUGUAGAAACUAUUGUAAUAAAUUGCAAUUUUGAGACGGGAUCAAGCUAAAAAUGAUAACGAGAAAAUAUUAUGUUGUUU